AGGAGGCGUCCGGAGCAAACCCGCUUUUUUCUCCCUGGCGGGGCCCCAGGGGAUUGUGGGAAUUGUAGUUCAGAUGCUGUCCGCCAUGGGCCGCCGACUCUACCAUAGAGCAUCUUCGGUGUGUUUCCUCCGUGUCACCCAUCAGACUUAAACCUGGAGAGCCUGCAGGGGCCGGGUGUCGGGCUCCUCCUUGGUACGCAUCCUCUGCCCCACCCUGGCGGAGACGCGCCCAAAUUAUAGGCCCACUGAGGGUGUUGGAGGGUGAGCAACGCAGCUCCUGAUGCCCAUAAACAGAGGCGGCGGCCACUGUGUAAGCUGCUGAGCAUGGAGUUACAGGAGGAGCUGAGUCGUACUGGUCGAUCUCGAGAGGUGCUGGAACUGGGGCAGGUGCUGGACACAGGCAAGAGGAAGAGACACGUGCCUUACAGCGUUUCAGAGACGAGGCUGGAAGAGGCUUUGGAGAAUUUAUGUGAGCGGAUCCUGGAUUACAGUGUUCAUGCUGAGCGCAAGGGCUCGCUGAGAUAUGCCAAGGGUCAGAGUCAGACCAUGGCCACACUGAAAGGCCUAGUGCAGAAGGGGGUGAAGGUGGACCUGGGGAUCCCUUUGGAGCUGUGGGAUGAGCCCAGCGUGGAGGUCACAUUCCUCAAGAAGCAGUGCGAGACGAUGCUGGAGGAGUUUGAAGACGUCGUGGGAGACUGGUACUUCCACCACCAGGACCAGCCCCUGCAGCGUUUCCUCUGCGAAGGUCAUGUGCUCCCAGCUACCGAAACUGCAUGUCUACAGGAAACUUGGACUGGAAAGGAGAUCACAGAUGAGCAGGAGAAGGUGGAAGGCGAGGAGGAGGCAGAGGCGGAGGCAGAGAUGACCAAGGCAGCAGUCAACCCCACGCAUGACCCGGAGGAUCUCUGACCCCUGAAGUCUGAGCUCUCCCCAUCCCAGCUUUAAGGGGGGGUGUGUUUGACCGCACCCCAAAGCUUGUAGCCGUUCUCUCCCAUCCGAUCUCAGGGUGAUCCGACAGGGUGUGAGGAGAAGGUGGGAGCAACGGGUGAAAGCCCUGUCCCCGUAGAUGAGCCCUCUGCCUGCCGUCCAGCCCCUUAAUUGGCAGGUGCACGGCGAUGCUAUUGACGGCUCCCCACCGUCACCCAGGGGUUGGCAGCGGCACUGGAGCUGUGGGCCUUGGGAAAGUCUCUUUGUCGUUGGGGAGUGGGGGCGUCGAUUUUUCACUUUUUAGAGGGAGAGGCCAGAACACUAAUUCUCAACGGCCCACAUACACUGCCUGCACACGAACAGGACAAUAGCAGGGUUGGGGGGUGAGGCGGUGCUGAUAAGUUAAAGGGGACACAUACUCUAUCUUUGUAUUAUUUUCUCCGAGGGCCCACCUCAGAAUUUCACAGGUGCCAAAUUUUAUAUACCGCUAUUAAACUUUUUUUAAAUAUCA